AUGACGACUCCAGAGACGUGGAAGACCGCUUUCAAUCGCGUUAUGGGCGAAGUUCCAGGCGCAAAUGGGAUUGCGAUAUUGACGGAGGCUAGCGGCAUCAUGGGUAUUGAUAUUGAUGUCACCGGCGAUAACGAGAAGAAUCCAGGAACUGAACUUUGGGAUCGAAUGGUCGCCCUCCAUGGAGAACCGGACACACUGAAGGCUAAAAGCGGAUCGGGUGGAUUCCAUUAUUACUUCAAGGCGGACUCGCCGGGCCUCAAAUGCACACAGAACUUCUCGACAAUGAAGGUCGACGGCAAAAAGUUUGCGAUGGAUGGUCGUGGCAUUGGAGGGCUCAUGUACGCGCAGCCGUCAAGCUACAUUGAUGGUCAAGGUAACCUUAAGACGUACAUGUGGCUCAACGGCCCGCCAAGCUACGACGCGUGCAAACUCAUGCCUCCAUGGUUGAUAGAGUUGGUAAAUAACAGUAGCGGCGAGCGUGCGGAGGCAAGUGGCACUAAAAGCAAAGGGGGUUCGAUUAGGGCGUCUGUGGUGGAGCUUGACCGCACCGAUCCCUCAUUGGCAAGCCAAUCGACUGGUGACGAUAUACGGCUCCUUGGAGAGUUGAGCAUCUCGGCCGCUCUGGAGGGGGUUUCGGCGGACGAGUUUGGGAUCCGAGACAAAAGAAUUACCAGCGAGGGCAAUCUGGAGGCACGAUUGCCGGCGGCGUUCAUGAGAGAGAUGGUGUGCAGGAGCGAUUUUGGGGCGGCAUCGAUCUUUGCCCGCUUGUUUCAGCACGAUCGGCGGAUUGUGUACGAUGCAGGAAGCUUCUGGAUAUGGGACGGACGGUCAUGGAUUGCACACGAGACGGAAGCAACGGUUAAGAGCGCGUUCAUGUGUCACAUGGGCAAGGUGAAGGCCUUUUGGGUGAAGCGUAUUGCGGGUGAGGGUCGUGAAAAGGUUCUCGAGGCAGAGCGCGCACGAGACGCCAGCUUGGCAAAGCUCCACGAUGCAAAGCAAGAUGCUCGAUCAAGGAGGAGCGCCGAGACGGCCAUCCAGAGGGCAUUCAAGGCCUUGGAGAGGGACGCGGAUCAUCUCGCAAAGUGGUUGGGACCGGACGUCGAAUCAUUGCCAAUCGCAACUCGAUGUCUCACUCCACUGCAAUCUAUGUUGAAGCUUGAUGGUUUUGCAAAGAAGCUGAACGCAAGUCGAGACCAUCUGAACACUACGUCGGGCGCAAUUCAUCUACCAACAGGCAAGCUCACACCACAUCAUCCGAGCAACAUGCUAUCUCGAGAGACGGAUACGGAGUACGUCGGGCCCGACUAUCCGUCACCGUUGAUCAAUGAAUUCAUGCUGCAGAUUCAAACUCCGAAGAUCAUCAAGGUUCUCCAGAUGACGCUCGGCUAUGGCAUCACUGGACAUUCGAGGGAGAAGCAAUUCAUCAUAUGGCACGGGCCCUCCAACUCGGCCAAGACGAAACUUCUUGACCUUGUAAGAGCUGCCAUUGGGGUAUACUUUUGUACAAUGGAUCGCGAUUGCGUGAUCGGGGCUGGGGUGAGAUCCGAGGGUGCUGCUACACCGCAUCUUGUGAAGCUCGAGGGCGCACACAUUGCCGGUCUAGAAGAGACAAAGCCAGAGGACGUGUACAAUGGAGCCAAUGUCAAAUCCAUCUCUUCAGGAGAAGGAGCCAUGAGCGUAAGGCAAUUGGAUAAGCCACCGAUCGACAUCAAAUGCCGUUGUCUUCCAAUCAUUUGCACGAACUCGUUGCCCAAGUUUGACGUGAAAAUUCGGGAACGCUGA